AUCUAACAUUCAAACCGCGAAACUUUAAACUAAAUUUUCACAUUUUCACAUUUUUUCUGGCAAAAUUUAUAAAUUUUCAACCUAAAUUAUUAAAAAUAAUUUAUUUAAUAAUAAAAAAGAUAGAAAAAAAUGUGGAUACAAGUACGGAGUAUGGACGGUAAAAAGCUGGUCCGCAUCGAUGGACUGUCCAAGUUAACGAAAAUUGAAAAUUUACGUGAAAAGUUAGUGAAACACUUUGACGCCCCCGUCGAAAGACAGAAACUAUUCUGCCGUGGAAAAAUGAUGGUCGAUGGCCAUACUUUAUUCGAUUACAACAUUGCCCUGAAUGAAGUUAUCCUAAUUCUCGUCAGGCCGAUAUUAGAAGAAGAUGAAAAAGAUCCUACAUCUGAAUCAACUACUGAUGGGGCCAAUAAUAAUAAUGAAAAUAAUAAUUUAAAUAAUAAUAAAAUAAACACUGAUAAUGAUAAUGAUGAUGAUGGUAGUACACAAUUAAAUAAAGAGCAGCUGACGGUUGAAAAUAAAAAGAAUAAUUUGUAUAAGGUUGGGGAUGUACUAGACAUUAGGGAUGUGACAUUAGGUGCCUGGUUCGAAGGUGAUCUCGUCAAGGUUGUCCCCAGGACUCGCAGAAUCAACAAUAAUAACAGUAAUAAUAAUGAUAUUAGUAAUAGUAAUGAUAGUAGUAAAGACAUUGGUCUAGAUGAUAAAGAAAGCAAAGUUAGUGGAAUGAAAGAAGAUAAAAUGAAGAAGAAGGAUGAAACUAAUCAUGGAUCCAAAAGGGACGAUGAUGAUGAUGAUGACAAAAAUGAUGGUGAUGAUGAUGAUGGCUAUGAAUACCAUGUCAGAUAUAUAGGAGAUGACGAUAGCAGCGAUUUGACGAUAGUCACGAGCAAAGAUCUCAGACCACGUUCCUACAGAAAGAUAUCCCUAAUCGACCUGAAAGUUAGUGAGAAGGUCAUGGUCAAUUAUAAUUACGACGAGCCGGCUGACAGAGGGUAUUGGUACGACGCUGUCAUCACUGAAAUCAAAAACACUAAAUCUUCAAAAGAUGUUUAUGCAACUAUUUACAUUGGGAAAGACCUUGUGCCGAUGGAAAAUUGCAGACUGCCUUUUAUGAAUGAAAUUUUUGUCAUUGAAUCUCCAGGCUCUCAGAGGAAUUCUAUGAUAGAUGGUGAAGUAGCUGGAAACAUUCCAAAUAGACCAGUGAAACCUGAAUGCGACCACUGCAGAGAUGAUCCUGCCAGGAAGUGCAAACACUGCUCCUGCUGUGUCUGUGGGAGUAAGAAGGAACCGGAGAAGCAGCUGAUGUGUGACGAGUGUAACUCCGCCUACCAUAUCUACUGCCUGAAACCACCUCUCUUGUCUGUGCCAGAUGACGAUGAAUGGUAUUGUCCUGGUUGCAAGCUCGACACGUCUCAAGUUGUUCGAGCCGGCGAAAAAUUGAAGGAGAGCAGUAAAAAAACCAAGAUGGCCUCCUCACAAUCCUCAUCCAAUAGGGAUUGGGGAAAGGGAAUGGCCUGCCAGGGUAGAUCGAAGAUGUGUACGAUCGUCCCUUCAAAUCAUUUCGGACCAGUUCCUGGGGUCGAAGUUGGUAGUCUUUGGAAGUUCAGAGUCCAGGUUAGUGAAUCUGGGGUCCACAGGCCCCAUGUUGCCGGCAUCCACGGGAGGGAGAACGAGGGGGCCUACUCUAUCGUCCUGGCUGGCGGCUAUGAGGAUGAUUUAGACGAUGGGUACGAGUUCACCUACACGGGCAGUGGGGGUAGGGAUUUGUCAGGAAACAAAAGGACGGCCGGCCAGUCAUGUGACCAGGUCCUAACUAGAAUGAACAAGGCUCUUGCUAAGAAUUGUGAUGCUCCCAUCAAUAGCAAAGAAGGAGCUGAGGCUAAUAACUGGAAAGCAGGUAAGCCGGUUAGGGUGGUUAGAAAUAGCAAGGGUCGGAAGCAUUCCCAAUACGCGCCUGAAGAUGGCAACAGAUACGACGGUAUUUAUAAGGUUGUAAAGUACUGGCCUGAAAAGGGCAAAUCCGGCUUUCUAGUGUGGAAAUAUUUGUUGAGGAGGGACGACCCUGAGCCCGCCCCCUGGACCCAGGAGGGAGCCGACAGGUCAAAAAUGCUGGGUCUCGUCAUGCAGUAUCCGGACGGGUGGGAGGAGCCAAAAAAAGACAGCAGCCAAUCAAAAGGGAAGGAUGACGACGACGAUGAUGAUGAUGAUGAUAUUGAGAAUAGUAGUAGUGGUAAUAGUAAAAAUAGUAAAAGGAAAAUGAUUAAGAAGAUGAUGGCGAAGAAGAAGAAGAAAAAGAGGAAUUUGGAUGAUGGUGGUGAUGAUGAUGAUAACGAUGAUGCUGGUGAUAGCGACGAUGUUUGUGAUGCUGAUGAUGAUGAUGGUGGUGAUGAUGGUAAUAGUCUCGAUCUGGGUUCUUCCAAUAAAAGAAAAAAGACCAAACUGGAUUUGGACUGUGCCAGAGAUGAUAAAGAGAACGUACAGGCGGUGGUGAGUUACUCGCCUGAUGAUGAAUUGCUGAAGGCCAUUGACGAUGACGUCAUCAAUGAUAAACUUUGGAAGGAUGCCCUGUCGGCUGCUAGAAAUGGCAAAAAAAGUUUCUUAGAAAAAGUAGAGUCAACUUUCACGUGCAUAUGUUGCCAGGAUAUUGUCUAUCGGCCCAUAACAACGACAUGUCAGCACAACUUUUGCAAGGAUUGCCUAACUCGCUCAUUCGAAGCCGGUGUCAAAACGUGCGCCAUCUGUCGCGCCGAUUUGGCGGCCAUGAAAUUUUUCACUAAUCCUAAUCUGACGCGGGCUCUUGAUCUAUUAUUCCCCGGCUAUGGAUCUGCCAGAUGAUUUUCAGCGUUAUAUAAAUGACUCGUCAUUUUAUAGUCUUAAUUUUUACUCUAUCAAUUUAUUAUUGGUCAUUAUUAUUAAUGUUAAUUAUUCUUCAUCGUGGGAUGUUAUAUUUUGGGUUUUUAAUCGUUAUUCUUAUUAUUUUUUAUUUAAUAUAUGAAAUUUAAUCAAAUUAUAUAUAUUUAUAUCACUUUGAAUUAUAAUAUUUGAAAAAGUCUUGUUUUUUAACGGCCUGGAACUUGAAUGACAAUUUUUGUCUUUUUAGAAUCUGUAAUGUUUCUGCCUUUAUUCAUAAAUGCGUUCUAAUAAACUUGAAUUUUAUAUGUUCGUACAUAUGUUAUGCCUAUGUGUGUGUGCAUAUAUAUAUAUACAUGUAUGUGUGUGUGUGUUCGUUCAUCUGUCUGUGUAUAUUUUAUCUGCUAGAAAAAUAAGUAACAUUGUAAAGUUAGUUAAUAAAUGUCAAUAGUUAUUAUUUUCAUUAAUAUUUUUAGUAUUUUUUACUAUAAACAUAUUGUAUCAUUAAUAUACAUAUAUUUUAUAUAUAUAUGUAUUUAUUAUUUCUAUAAUAUAUGUUUAGAUAUAUGUAAUAUAUAUAAUAUAUAUUAUAUAUAUAUAUAUAUAGGUAUAAUACCUAUGUACGUAUCUAUGCAAUUUAUUACCCUUAGUAACGCCAAAUGUCGAUUGAGCUUUUCAAAUUUUGAAAAA